AUGCCUAGCGGCGGGGAGGGAAGGGAUAGGCAAAAGGGAAGAAGAGCGGGCUGUGAUACCCCCUCGACGCCGUCAAACACUGCUCCCCGCGCUCCAGAGCCGGGGGCCCACCCGACGGCAGUGCGCCCCGCCACCGCGCCGCCGCCCCGGUCCCUUCUCCCGCCCAUCUGUAGUAAAACAAUCGCUCCCCCGGCGUCUGCGGCCGCUGCCAGCGGUUCUGACACUGCAGGAAUGCGCGGACUGGGGAAGGCUCAGCACUCUGGGGAGGGGCACGAGCGGGGUCGGGGAAGCUCCAAGAUGAGCGCGUGCAAUAACUAUCAACACGGAUACCUCGCAGAGCCUGACACUAGCUUCUGGAUAAAAUGCAGGCGAUGGCUGCUGGCGGAUGCCGGCAGACACACUCAAAGGCCCUCUUGGACUUUCUGAGCUUCCCAUUCUCCGCUACUGGAGGCUGAGGCGGGCAGGCCCAGCGACGUCUCCCAGACCCAACUGGGUUCCGACCUCAAGCCAAAAGUGAGGAGGCCGGCAGGAGAGCUUUUCUCGCCCAAAGAUGCGGGGUGGGAGCCGGAUCCAGCUGAAAAAUCUGAGUGA